CCUCUUGCGUUACAAAAGCAGCAAUAACAACAGCUGCACUUAUCACAGAAAUGGCGUGAAGAUGACUUAAGAAAGCAGGUUUUCAAAGCGCCUUUUCUCGCGAAACUGUUGCGCUUGUUCCAAAGCCUGAUGUGCUGUCAGCCUGUUUCACAGCUUUAUGUGAAGGCGCGGGUGCUUUUGCGCGUCAACAAUAAAGACCACGCUUCUGGAGCGACGCGUGAAAUGAGCGCAUUUCGCUCAGUUGCUUGGUAUAUUUAGCUCUGGGAGCGGAGAGCAGCGGAAACAGGACCCUGACUCCGGUGCUGUCUGACGUUUUGAGCUUUUUCAGACCGUUUCCAGGCCCCAUAACUUGUCGUUCAUAUCACGGUGCGCGUGAUCAGGCUAUGUGGUGUUGAGGGCGCUGUGCGUGAGGGGGGAUCGCGUGAAUUUAUCUACAGCUCCGGGGAAGAAGGAUGAUGAUGGCCGGUGGUGGCGGAGCAGCCAUGGACCAUAACGGGAUAUACUCGAAUCCAAACCUCCACAGCCUGCAGCAGCCCCACAUGGAGGCUGAUAACCCGGACUCCCGCAAACGACCGCUGGAGACUCAGGCGGAGGAGGCCGGCUGUACCAAGCGCACCAACACCGGAGAGGAGGGUGAGUACUUCCUGAAGGUGCUGAUCCCCAGCUAUGCAGCUGGCUCUAUAAUUGGCAAGGGCGGCCAGACCAUUGUACAACUGCAGAAAGAGACGGGUGCCACCAUUAAGCUGUCCAAAUCCAAAGACUUCUACCCAGGAACAACAGAACGUGUCUGUCUGAUACAGGGUACAGUCGAAGCCCUCAAUGGUGUCCACAACUUCAUUGCAGAGAAAGUGCGUGAGAUGCCACAGAGCGCCCAGAAACCUGAACCAGUCAGCAUACUACAGCCACAGACCACUGUCAAUCCCGACCGUGUCAAACAGGCCAAACUGAUUGUGCCAAAUAGCACAGCUGGCCUGAUCAUUGGCAAAGGUGGAGCCACAGUCAAAGCAGUGAUGGAGCAGUCAGGGGCUUGGGUGCAGCUCUCCCAGAAACCAGAGGGCAUCAACCUGCAGGAGCGAGUAGUAACCAUCAGUGGGGAGCCCGAACAGAACCGCAAGGCUGUGGAAAUCAUAGUCCAGAAGAUCCAGGAGGACCCUCAGAGCAGCAGUUGCCUCAACAUCAGCUAUUCUAACGUCUCAGGGCCAGUGGCCAACUCCAACCCCACUGGCUCACCCUACGCUAAUACAGCCGAGGUGCUGCCCAAUGCAGCUGCUGCAGCUGCUACCGCCUCCCGCCUUUUGACAGGAAUGGGCGCCUUCCCUACAGCCAUGUCCAGUUUUUCUGGCAAUGAUCUGCUGGCUAUCACCUCAGCCCUCAACACACUGGCCAGCUAUGGCUACAACACUAACACCCUCGGCCUGGGCCUCAACCCUGCAGCUGCUUCUGGGGUCCUUGCUGCAGUAGCAGCUAGUGCAAAACCGGGUGGCGCCGGCGGCGGCAAACCCCGCGUGCCCUCCUAUGCUAGUGAUGCCUCCAGCAGUGCUGGCCACCCUGCUACAGGCCUCGGCGGAUUCUCCCUAGGUUCUCUAGCAGCUGCUACAGGGGCUUCCAAUGGUUAUCUAAAUGCUUCAUCCCCACUGAUGGCCUCCUCCCUAUUGGCAACAGAGAAGCUGGCAGAUGGGGCCAAGGAUGUGGUUGAGAUUGCUGUUCCUGAGAAUCUGGUUGGUGCCAUUUUAGGGAAAGGAGGGAAAACGCUGGUAGAGUACCAGGAGCUAACAGGGGCCCGCAUCCAGAUCUCCAAAAAGGGAGAGUUCAUUCCUGGUACUCGGAACCGUAAAGUUACGAUAACAGGGUCGCCAGCCGCUACGCAAGCAGCACAGUAUCUGAUCAGCCAGCGGAUCACUUACGAGCAGGGCGUACGCGCUACCAACCCACAAAAAGUGGGCUAAAAGGAAAAAGAAGAGGAAAGAAGGAAAGGAUGAAGACAGAGACAGAAGGGCAUUGAGAGGAUGAUGAUGAAUCGAAAAAGAAACGUCCAAAUAUCUGUUUAAUAUUUCAGUAUCAAAUGAGAGAAUCACAAAGGAGGAGGUGGGGGAGACAACCAAGAUAAGUGUGUGUGAUAUGUGAAUGUGUUUUUAGGACUAACGUCCUGAUGUUUUUAAAAGUUUGUGUCGAGUCCUUUUGAUGAUGGUGAUCAGAGUAAGCUGAACUGGUCCACUGCCAAGCUGCAGAUUCAAGGGUGAGGCUGUAUGGUUUCACCCUUCUCCAAAACCUCAUAGCUGUUUUCUUUUUCCUUUGUUUUAAAUUUUAUUAAAUUUUUUGUGGGUUUUAAUUUCAGUUGCAAACCUCAGCUCCCGGUGAGUUGAGAAUGUCAGAUGAAGUUCCAGCCAGCUACUAGAGCUGUUUUACAAGCCUUGCUCUUUGUAUACAAUGCGAAAGGCAUUGUUAACAGGGGAGAGGUUUUAUGCUGAGCACCUGAGGUCAUCUCAGUCUAUGGGGAAGCAAUCUGAGUAUAAUUUCUUUAAAGAAAUCGUAUCUAUUUUGACAUAUGUUGAAUUCUGGCUCAUAUAAUUGAAGUUUCUAAAUUUGGGUAUUUUAUAUUUUCAUCCUUUUUUAUUGACAUGAUCUCAUUCAAACACAAAUAGAUUAUUUAAACCUGUGAAUGCAGGUUGAUCUGAAUGUAAAAACAGUAUUAGCCUAUUGCUAUUUUUUAUUUACAGGGAUCAAAUAUUGUGUUGCAGUGAAAGAAAUGUAUAACUCAAACCCAGUCUGAACUUCACUACUGCUGUCCGCAAGUAUAGUUCAGGGGUUAAAUAAUCAAUGUGAGAGGAUAGAGGAGACACACAGGAAUGUAUAAAUAUAUUUUACAUGAACACACGUAGAUGAUGUUCCCACAAAUGCACAAACAUGGAAGCAUAUUUGCAUAUUCAGUCACAGCUACAAACACACAGAAAUAUGUUUUGUUUAACCCUUUCUUGGUGCUAUAGGAUUAGGUUUAUAUCUCUUUUACCAUGAAAUCAGAAUUGCUCUGGCGACUAAUCUCUUUACUUGAUUUAAACUAAGUGGAUGUGUCGUCCAGCCAUUAGUAGCCCAUUGGAUCUGACCUAGCCUUGAAACCAAUGAAAAAUGAUUGAUUUUAGCAUUUCAUGAUCAAAAAUAAUACAGUCUUAAUAUGUUGUCCACUUUCCUUCCCUUUUUUUUUUCAAAAAAUUGGCCAUACUCUGGAUUUUAUCUGACAACAUUUUUUGCCUUUGUCACACAUUUGUAACAUGCAAGAAUUAAAUUCAAGCUCAGACUACCUUGAAGCAGUGUCUAACCAGUUCAGUUUGCAAAGGGAACAAAGCACUACUAAAGCAUUUUGAUAAGAAAAGCAGUAUGAACCAAUAUCUGUGAACAAAGAAACUAUUGCCUUUAUAUUAAGGGUACCAAAUAGUCACGAGACAUACACUAAUGAAAGGGAAGUAAACUGACACUUGAAAAGAAGGUUUGGGCUCACUUUUUCUGUGAGCCUUCCUUCCCAAUUUGCAUCAAGACAAAAAAGAAAAAAAAAAGCAGUUCAUCCAGGCAGCCUGUUAUCUUUCCCAAAACAUGUUAAUGCUCACUAAGUUUGGUGAAGCACAUAAUAAAACAUAACGAAAUGUUUUGGCAUCAUUGUCUUUUAUGGGCAAUUGUUUGUCUAAUGCAGGGAGGCUAAUCGUCAAGUGCAUUUCCAAGCACUCAAACAUUAUCUUGGCUUCCUUGUGUGCUGCUAUCCAUGGUGUUCAUCCUGAGUACACUGGGUCUCUGAAGACUGCACUGUGAGACAUUAAGAACACAAUGUAAAGUGUGUCUGUCCCUGCUUGGGAUGUGAGUAUAUUUUAAUGUGCACAUCUAUGUCACAUACACAAGACCUAUCAGUACUGACAGAAGGGAUAUCACCACAAGAGCAUUUAUACUGCAGCGUCUUGUGAUGUUUCUGUUUACCAGUACCAAUGCACUGCACUUAAAUUAGCGGAUGUUUCCUGAUCAGUGAACCACAAAUUAUUCUCACCACAUUUUUCUGCACUAUUAAUCUUCAGUCCUAAUACACCCACUUCCCCACUCUAAAGACAUCUUUCAAUUGUCCACAUCAACCCAAGCUCUAUGAUCAGCUUCCUAAGUACACGGCUGUGAGGGUUGGUGCUGCGUAGUGUCCAAGAAAAUCAGAACCACUCCCAUUUUUGGGGUGGGGGGGGAUUUAAUGAAGAGCCUUUCCCCUUUUUAUUUUCAUAAUUCAUGAUGGAAAGUUAAAACAGUUUCAUUUUGUCUGAACAUCAUGCAUUGCAAUUACAACAGUGAGCCUUUCUUCCUAAGUGAUAUCUUUCCUUUCACUACGUGUCUGGAAAGCAUCACAGUCAUCCAUAACUACAAUCUGGCCACUAGUGAAGUCAUAGCAUAAGAUAACCUUUUACUGCCCAAGAUUUUAGCAUAUAAUAAAUAAGAUACAAGCACAAAACAAGGGGAUGUUUUAUCAAUGCAACUGGACUGCUUGCCUGCAGAGAGCUCUUCUUCAAAGCUCUCUGAUCAAUACAUUGUGCCAAAUACUAGUCCUCUGUGCCCCUCAUUGACUUUCCUCUUUCUCUCAACAUUUUAUUCCCCUGCAUGUUGCUGUUUCUCACCAUUCUGAAAAGUCCUCCUGUGUCCUAAUGCCCUGUCUGUGCUUCCUCCUACACUGUGCUCUCCCCCUCUUUCUCCUUCCUUCUGUCUUGUCUUGUCAUGGGUGGUGUGUCAGGUGUGCUGCUGGUGGGAGUUAUGCACAUUAGGUCAUAAGGUUAUGAAAAGAUUUUAAUAGGCUGUAGAGUUCAUAAGGCUGAAAUGCACAGAAAACACCUGCCUCCAAAACUGUGACACCCAACCAGCUCAAAGUAUCAAACCCCCUCUAUCAGAAGAACAAGUAGGAUUUAGAAAGGUUUAGACUGUGAACUAUGGCCUUUUAAGGGAAGAGAAAGUGUUUUGUUUUGUUUUUCCCAAAAGAAGGCAGAUCUUGGUUGACAAAAUAUUCAUAUGUUGGCUGAAUAAACUGAGCAUACAUUUCAGCCACUAAACAAAGUAUAGUAAGGACAGAAUGCAUAAGAUAGUGACAGCCAGGUGAGAACUUGUUUGUGACCUCAAGCCGAAACAAUGACAUCCUUUAUGCAUAUCCUCUUAUCUGAAAAAUGACUAGAAUUCAUUUCUGUGGAAUACAAUAUGUCAUGUCAUAUGAUCUAUAUGUACUUUAUUGUAGCUAUUCUAGUUUGUAGUCCAAAUGCAGUCCAGCGUUGUCAAUACAAUGUGAACUAUGUUAUAUUUGUGUGGAUGAUGAGAGUGCCAACUAAGCCUGACUAAGAUUAGCUUCGCGAUUUGUUUGUGCAUUACGAUGACUCAUCAUCGACCGGUGGUGUCCAUAUUUCUGUCAUUGAUGAUUUAGUUUGACAGUAAGAAAAUGUAAAGAAUAUUGGAAGCAAUAUAGUAGCAUGUUGUCCUGUUUUGUGUUUUAUGUCUGUUGUAUGAACCUUUGAAAUUACUAAGAUUUUGAAUGAAUAGGUUUACAUGUACUUUUUGUAAGUUAUGAAAAUGCUGCUAUUUGAUAAGUAAACUAUACAAAAUAUUUUAGUUGAAAAGAUGUCUGGUCUGUUGAUUAGAAACAUGCUCUAAAAGGCUGGAGCAUAAAACGAGGUGUAUAGAAUACUAUACAGUAUUGGUAAGAUAGUAAAAGUAAUAAUAGACUCCAUAGUACAACCUGUGCCAAACUAGACCUCCGCAGCUUCUGAAAUUGUAGAUGUGCGAUCAAAUGUUAGAUAUCAAUAACUUGUUUAGAAGUACUGAUCAAGUGCCAAUCAAACACUGUCUUUUAAGUUAUGAAAAGAUAAUCAAAUACAUUACUUAAGAAAACAAAGGACAAAGAACUUUUUGUGCAUUGUUUUAUCCCAUAGGUACAUAGAGUAAGAGUUAAAGAUUGUGAUUUUUAUGGAUCCAAGUUGUUUUACACUCCAUGCAUCCCUUGUGUGUUUGUUUGACCUGUGGCUUAAGUACAGCUGUUUUCUCACAAAUGUCUCUAUAGGCCAGCAUGGACUAAGCAUAACAUGUUAUAAGCAUUCAUGACAUAGCCAUUAACAAUCAAAAAUGUGUUUGUGGAGUUAGGUGUUAUCUUUUUGCACGUCUUCUAUUGCAUGGUAUCAAAGUAAAUUAUGGAGGAAAAAAUUUUACAAAAAUUUGCGAGGUGUCUCGCAGCAUUCAAAGACAUAACACUGCAUGCAGUCAAAUGUAAAGCACUUAAGUUUACUCGCCUCAUGUUUAAAACGUUGUUUUUUUAUGUUGUGAGUUGGGAGGGAGCUCAUUAUUGUCAUGUUGGCCCGCAAAAAAGAAAAGACACAGACACACAUAAACAUUUCAGAUUAAAUUCUCAUUGAUCAAGUUCAUCUCUCUACACAUCAUCAGAGAAGAUAUAUUGAUUUUUAGGUACAGUAAGGAGUAUUAAAAAUGUGAAACAAGCAAACUGAAAAUGUUAUUCAGUGCAUUGGCUCCUUGUGUUUUGUUUUUGUUUGUUUUUUUGUUUUGCUUUUGUUUUUAGGAUAUCAGGCAUGCAUUUCUUUUGCAAACAGGUUGAACCUCAUAUAACCUGUCUCAUAAUUUAGAUUUUUAUGCCACAGCUUGAAAGCCCAGAUCUAAACUAUGAAUGUACCCAUUUACUCUUUUCUUUAAAUAUAUUUCUGUCGAAUGUUAUGGGUCUUUAAUGUAAAUUCAGGGCAGGAAUGUCAAAUACAUGUAGAGUUAAUAUCUAUGUCAAUAACAGAUUUCAGCUAUAGUCAGGUAGGCCACACAUGGCCACAGUCAUGAACCAGACAUGUUUUAACACAACUUCCAAUUCGCUGUCAACAUUAUCGUGUUUGUUUGGUGUUGCAUAAAUGCACUUUACUGAUCAGUGGGUCAUACUGGGUGUGAAAUGAAACAAACCAUGUUGGCUUUCACAAGCUGUUCUUUUGCCAUUCUUUGCUGUUGUUACUUUGAUUUAUUUAUUCCCUGAUCCUGUUGGGUCUCAUGAAUGAUGGAAAGGGCUGGAGUCUCAGACAAAACAGAAAAGUAGCACCUGUUUCCCCACAUGAAGGCUUCUCCUUCACAUUCCCUUCACCAGAGAUUUGUGUCAAUCACUGAGUGCUUUGUUUUAACUAACAUGCGAAACCAGGUGGGAUCUGUACACUUGUGCCCUUUUUGCAUCUUCCUUUCCUUUGAAUUCCAAAUUACAAAAAGGUUUGAAUUUCUCCAGCAAAUUGGGAUUUAAGCACUGGGGUGAAGGUCCUGAGGGAUGCAAGCUGAAGGUCUGGCUGAUGUAACAGUCAGAUCUGAGAGGCAUAAUCGGCACCAGCAAAAUGAAGUUUGCCUCAGCCCCCUCAAAUAAUGAAAAUCAUGGAGGAAACUGAUCACACUUUUGAAGGCCUAGUAUGAUAUGUCUCUUUAUUUUUUGUUACAAACCGCUGUCAUUGCAUUUACAGGUUCACAUCUGAAUGCCAAAUGAACUACAGUAUCAUUCCAAAAGUGUUUUCCACUCCAAAUGUACCCCCUACAUUCACCCGCCCCCCCUGGAGCCCUUUCACAUGAAGGCUAAGACUGGUUUCAAAUGCUACAAACUGGAUAAGGCUGCUUGCUCCUCUCUUAAAACCUCUUCUACCUGAGUCUCACUUUCUCAGCCUACACAAUAUCACGAUUUGUGUUUCAUUGCACAGAGCACCUGCUACUAUGUCCACCCUUUAAACAGAUUAAUGUAUUUCUGAGCCCUUUUUGUCUGAGAAAAUACAGAAUUCUUGCCAACCAGACAUGAGGCCAUUUUUAUCUUUGACCCUUUGAACCUCCCAUGAACUUAGUUGGUCUUCUCCAUCCCCAAGAACGUAUGUAUGUUUUGGAUUUUACAUCACUUUUACUGUCAAACUCUGAGACUGUUCUUUUAUUUUGUGGCUAUCUGGACAAUUCUGCAGGGUUGAAUGCUUGCCCAUAAGUGUUAACUGGAGAAAGCAUGCCAGUACCUUGCAAACAUUUUCAUGUCAUUGUGAAUUUUCUCUUGGGGUUCAGUUUUACUUUGUUUGACCUCUGUUCUUUGCAUCUCAGAAAAAAAUGGACUGACAGCAUAAAAUCAUAUAUUCCAGCCUGAGCAAAGUGAUGUUUUGUUGAUUGGGUACAUUUCUCUGAAAGUCCACAGUAUUAAAGGGCUUUCUAGGAUAUAUGUCUUUUCAAAUUAAAAUGUCCUCUGAAUAUGUUCACAAAUGAGAGGAAAUGCCUUCAUGUGCCAUUUUAGACAGUGUGAAAGCUUUCAAUGGCAAAUAUUUGUCAGCAAGAAUGCCAAAUAAUACCAUACUGAGCCAAAAGGCAGCCAGCCUACAUAACUAAAUGUUAGAUCACGGGAAUGGUUACGUCUCAGUUCCACUCCCUUUGAAAAACAUCACCCUAAUUGUAUGACAUUUGAGCUCAUGUACCAUUAUUGUUAUGCUGCCAGUCUGUUUUCUGCUUUUGUCAGAGAAACAUCUCAGAAGCAGUAUUUUUUCUAAAUGAUACACUGUUGAUAAAAAACAGCUACUAUGGUGAGGGAAUGAGAGGAUUUUAAGUGUCAUUGUUUUUAUUAUUAGUUAAUUUGAACAUUAUUCAUUAAUAGAUUUAACGGUAAUGACUAUUUAAUGUAACUGUAGUACUGUGUUUGUAAAAGAAAUUCAGUGAGUUGUGUUUUAUGACUCGUGGACUACCAGUGAAGUCAGCAUUUCAGUGUUAAUAAUGGAAUUGUUUUUUAAAGAUUAUUUUUGCGACGGCAACAAAGAGUCAUUAUAAAUGUUCAUUUUAACAUCA